UGCUGGAGUCAGUCCAUCUGUAAAAGCAGAAAGAGAGAGGCUGCAAUCAAGCCAACAGGCGCAUUAGCCACGGCCCAGGCACUGGGGAGUCAGUAGGAGAGGAGCAGCACAAGUGAAAGCAGCAGGCGAAAGAGCUGCAGCCCCUUGAUUAAGACAGGGACUCCUUUUUGGUGGAGGAAACCCAGAGCAGAGGGGGUGAACAGCCGGUGCAAUGACAGGCAGAAACUGAGGAGCAUUUGGAGCUUUCUGUUCCUACACAGAUCUUUAGCUGAGCAACAGACAAACCAAGAAGCAUGCCUGAGCAAAGCAAUGAUUACAGGGUUGUUGUGUUUGGAGCUGGAGGAGUGGGCAAAAGUUCUUUGGUCUUGAGAUUUGUGAAAGGCACUUUCAGAGAGAGUUACAUCCCUACCAUUGAAGACACCUAUCGGCAGGUGAUCAGCUGUGAUAAAAGCAUAUGCACUUUGCAGAUAACUGACACUACAGGGAGCCAUCAAUUUCCAGCCAUGCAACGCCUUUCCAUUUCUAAAGGACAUGCUUUCAUUUUGGUUUACUCUAUCACCAGCCGACAGUCCUUGGAGGAGCUCAAACCAAUCUACGAACAAAUCUGUCAGAUUAAAGGAGAUGUGGAAAGCAUUCCAAUAAUGCUGGUGGGGAACAAAAAUGAUGAGAACCAAAAUAGAGAGGUAGACACCAGUGAAGGAGAAGCCAUGGCUAAGAAGUGGAAAUGUGCUUUCAUGGAGACCUCUGCCAAGCUGAACCACAACGUGAAAGAGUUAUUCCAAGAAUUGCUAAACCUGGAGAAACGCAGGACCGUGAGUUUACAAAUUGAUGGCAAAAAAAGCAAGCAGCAGAAAAGGAAAGAGAAGCUGAAAGGCAAAUGUGUGGUGAUGUGAAAUUGCAUUUUCAGAAGUAGUCAUGCAGUCUCACCUGUGUGACAAUGCCCAUGUAAAACCUAUAGACAGCAAACAACCAUGCAAGACCCUAUUCAUUAGUAUCUGUUUUAAAAGAAACAUUUGGAAAAUGAGAAAGUGAGUUACUGUGAAAAAAAACAACAAUUAAAAUAUCAUGUACUCUAGCUGUCAGAAAAAGUAAAAGAAAGGCUAGGGUAUCUAAUUGUAAUUUACAGAAGAAAAGAAGUUUCAUCCCUAAAAUAAUGUGAAAGAUCUGGAAAAUCAACUUCAUAUUAUUUAGAUUUGCAUAUAACUACAAGAGAAGGCAAUGUAUAAUGUUAGAACUAAAACAAAGAAAUGGCCAUGAAGAAACCUAGAACACAUAAAUGCAUGCUGAGUGGUGUUAUCACGCCCUUUAAGAAUGCUGUGGACAAACAAGUCUGUGCAAUUGUCAUUACUGCUGGUGAAGCAGUGUGCAUAAGAUAGUCUCGGAUCUGACAAAUAAAUGAACAGAUUCACACUAAAAGGAAAGAUGGGGGUAGCACAGUCAAAAGAAACAGAUAUUCUCUUUAACCCCACCCCCAGAAUAAGAUUUCUUUCUAGUAUGAUGUGGUGUUUGAACUGAAGAAUGACGUAAAAACAGCCCCUGUAGGAGAUGGAGAUCAUGUCCUUUUCUGGACCCACCACUUCAAGAGUGACCUGUGCUUCUGGCCCGACUAUAUUUCAGAAGAGCAGAUGUUUGCCAGUGGAGAAUGUGAGAUUGUAUAAAAAUGGUGUACAUGCAGAAACAGAAACCUUUCCCAGGGAGAACUGGCUGGGGAGUCCCAUACAAAAGCUUCUAUGGGUAAGGCUCAGUUCAAAUGCUGCUUGUGGUUAAAUGAACACGUGGUGUGAUUAGUGAAUGAAUGGAAUGUUACUGAACUGGUGGUACCCUUGGAGAGGGAUUGGUGUAGUAUACAAAGUUUUCAUUCAAAUUACCAGAUUAUCUGAGUGAAAUUCCACUAUAUUCCAACUAGAGUGGUUUUGCAUUCAUGCACUAUUAGAUCUAUUGCCUUUAUAUUGUCUGAAGGGUUUUAUAUUUACCAUUUAAACUCCUGAUUCAAACUGCUGUGACUAUUUAUAGAACCAAAUCCUAUAUCUGGAAUUAGGGCCCACAAAAGUCUGUGGGAGAUUUGCUGGAAUUGGUACUACAGGAUUUGGCAUAUUAACAGUUGCAGUCAGUACUGUGUUGCAAUGCAAUGCAAAGUUCAGAACAGAAAAAAAAACUGGUUUAAACCACUCUGUCAUGGGAAACUGCCUUUCUCAAAACCCUUGGAAGGGGAAAAAGUGUACAAAAUGUGAGCUUUUCUGGAUCUCUCUCCAAAGCUUUUUAAAAACUACUGUUAAUGAGUAAAGUAUGUAUCCUACUGGUAACAAAGACCAUCUAAGAUAAAAGAAGCACAUACUUUUUAAAAGGACUCAUCAAAAUUGUAUAAGCUACAAUUUGCACCUUAGGAACUGCUUUGCAAUCAUAAAAACAAACUAUCAUAUUUUUCAUAAAUGCUUAUGCCAAAAUCAUACUAUGAGAAAAUGCAGUCAAGUACUAGUAUUAUUAGUAUGCAUGCUGUUGCAUUAUAAAUAUUUUCUAGGAGCUGUUCAAAUGCAGUAUUUACAUUAAAAAUUGUUACCCUGUUGCUCUCAGAGUUACUGCUUGCUUACAUUCCACCUUUCAAACAGAAGUACACAUAUUUCACAGGUAGAGUGAUAGUAUACAGUUCUUUGAGCAAGAACGGCUAUUAGCAGUGUCUGGAAAGGAGCACAACUUCUGUCAUUCACUCAGAAGAAACUCUGGCACCAUUAAAAUCAAUCUUAACUUCUCAGGUGGUGAAAUUGAGGCACCAAAAGAGGAAGCAACUGCACACAGGUACCCAGCACGGUAGUGGCAAACCCAAGAACAAAAGCAGAUCUCCUCAGUCCCAGUUCAAUGCUUGCUCUGUGUUUGGUCAGACUGUUUCUCCAAAUUCUUAAACAGGUUCUAAAAUACAUAAAGAGACCUGGUAUGGUUUAUACAGCUAAGUGCAUCUAUUCCUUGUCAGGCUGUCAAUACAUCAAAUGGUAUUUCCAGAUCAGGAAUGCAAAACAUGUAAAAGCACUACACUUAAUAAGACUUUUAAAAAUGUUUACACAUCUACUCUGCUUGUAAGCAAAUGGCUGAUGAUACUCAUCUUCACAACACUGGAUUCCACUAACGAAACUGGAAAAUCAAAAGAAUGAUCACACUUAAGGAGUAGUGUGGGUCACUUACAGAAGUCAGCAGUACAGAGUUCUCCCACAAAUGCUAACACUCCGGUGCCAAAGGUCAUAAUGCAUAUCACAUGGCUAAGUGGCCAGAAUGUAAUAAUGAUAGAAACUCAGAGAAAAAAGGGCCAUGUAAGGACAAAGAUCCUUUUAAAAUUAUUAGUUUAACUGGAGGAAUUAUUUACAUAGUAAAGAAUCUUGCAGAAAUAGAAUAUAGGGGAUCUGAAUUUCAGGGCUGAAAUUCAGCCUUGGAUUUUUUUUUUGGAUGUGCCUCAUAGCAAGAAAAGGGUAAUUGUAUUUCACAGGUGGAAAUAAAACAAGCUGCCAGUCGGUAAGCUUGAGGACCAUUUCCUUUCAUUCCUGGUUGAUUCCAAGUCUGGUACAUAGUAAGACAUGAAUUAUUUCAUGGACUUGCAUGUGUCAAAGCAAGGCCAGUACAGAAGCAAUAUUACUCAUGGACCAUAGACUUGAAAUAGAACAUAUUUUAUACCCUUGCAUUGUCAUCCUAGUUUAUACUACUAGAUUUUACAUAUCUUACAUACUUGUGAGCUGGUUUAAACAUUUGUUUUGCUAUUACUUAUAUGAUUUAUUUUUUUUAAUACAGGGAAAAAAACUGUAAGGUAAAUAAAGAAAAUACACAGCUUUACUACAUUUUCUGUUUUAUUUGGGAAUGUGAUAUCAGUAUAAUUAACUCUUUAAUAUGUACAGAAAAAAUAUGACAUGUUUAAAACCUGUAAGAUCUACAGAGAAUUUUAGCACCUAGGAAUCAUGUUCUAGAAAAAAUGACUCUUUACAAUGCAUGACUUUUAUAUGUAUAUAUGAAAUAUUAAGUUAUAUAGUUAUCAUAAAAAUGUGUUGUUGCAAUUUCAAUAGAAAAUAUUUUAUUCAAAAACUCUGGAUAUGGAGUCAUUUGUGCCUACAAGUUUCUAUGUUUCUGGUGAUGUUCUGAACAUACAAAAUAAAGUUUUAAAUGGAAUCACAACUUUGGAAGAA